UUAAUCGUGGGAAGAGCCGAAGAGGCAAAGAGAGGAAAAUCUACAUUUUCACCCCCUGUACGCCGCCAUUAAUCUUUUAGAGAAAAAUAAACGGGAAAAUCCGGUGAUGAUUGCUCAAGAAUGAUGCAGAUGGCGAGAUCUCUGCAUCCUGUUCGCGCUACUCUUUCUAAAUUGACGUCCCCGCCUUCCCUGCUCCCUGCUUCAAGGAAUUCUUUGAAAUGGAAAUCUUUGCCACUAACGACAUUGGCGAAGCACUUUGAACCUGCAAUAUUCAACCAUGGGAGCAGUUAUAGGUGGAAGUUGUUUGCACAAAGACAUCGUAUCCCAAAUUUAUCUAAAUCAGGUAGCUAUUUCAGUAUGAGGAGAAUAUGUGGCUUAUCUAUCACAUUUGGAUCAAUAUACCUUUGUCCAAAGAUAGCAUCUGCAAUGGAUGGUUUUGAGGUUUUAGAAGAUGGUUAUGAUGAUCGUCUGAACUACAUGUCUGCUUCAGAAGCAGAGGAGAAGUAUCGUGAUAUAUUAGCACUUAUGAAGAAACUGUUGCUGCCCAUAUUUCUAACUCUGACUAUUGUGACAAACUGGGGCAGUCCGAUUAUCCUUGUGACUAAAGUUAUUCUUACUCUUAUCACUACAAAGCCAAGUCCCUACUCUGUAUAUGUAUCCAUUGAAGAGUUGCGGAAUCAGUUGCUGAAUCAACGACAUCCUUUCUUGUCCAAAUUUAAGUCAAUGUAUGCUAAGAAAGUUGAAAUUGAUGACUACACAUUAUUGUGUAUAGCGAGAGUUGAACUAAACGAUGAAAAAUUGACUUUGAUCGGGCUGCUGGGUAGUUGGUGGAUUUUGCCAUGUUUGCCAUGUUUGCAGAUUGAAGAAGCAUUUGUUGCAGUCAAGAACAGACUCUCAGGCAUUUAUAAUGAUAAUAGAUAUCUCAAAUACUCAAAACUACAAAUUUAGAUGAUAAUCACUUGAGAUGCAUCCUUUUACUUAUUUAUUGCCUUUCAUUUUUUGUUUGUUUUUAUUUUUAUUUGAAAGUGUUCAUUGUAUUCUGUCAAAGCUAUAAUAAUAUAUUGCAUCUUUUUUUCUUCGAGUUGUUUGAUUAGGUACAAUU